AUGGGGCACAAAGACAAAGAGAAAUCCAAAGACAAGAAGGACAAGCGUCGCCAAGAGAUUUCCCUUCUCCGAACCAUCCCUUAUUCUGAUCACCAGAGGUGGUGGUCCAAGGAGACGGUUGCUGUGGUUACGGGAGGAAACAGAGGAAUCGGGUUUGAGAUCUCCAGACAGCUUGCUGGCCAUGGAUUGACCGUUAUACUCACAUCCAGAGACGCAAGUGUGGGCGUUGAAUCCACCAAGGUGUUGCAAGAAGGUGGCCUUGACGUCGACUGUCACCAGCUUGACAUAUUAGACUCCGCAUCCAUCAGCAAUUUUUCUGAGUGGUUGAAAGAAAAAUUUGGCGGUCUGGAUAUUCUGAUAAACAAUGCUGGUAUUAACUUCAACUUUGGAUCUGAUAACUCUGUUGAGAAUGCCCGAAUCGUUUGUGAGACAAACUAUUUCGGCACCAAGAGAAUGAUUGAAGCUAUGAUCCCAUUGAUGAAGCCUUCUUCUCACUGUGCUCGCAUUGUCAAUGUCAGCACUCGUCUCAGUCGACUAAGUAGCAAGCGAAAUAAACUGGAGAAUGAAGAAGUGAAGGCACAACUAAGCGAUGUGGACAACCUGACAGAGGAAAUGAUAGAUGAGAUGGUAAACAAAUUUCUGCAGCAAGCAGAGGAUGGGACAUGGAAGGAAGGAGGAUGGCCUCCAUCACACACAGACUACACAGUAUCGAAGCUGGCUGUGAAUGCCUAUACAAGGUUCAUGGCGAAGAAGCUAUCAGAGAGGCCAGAUGGUGAGAAAAUAUACAUAAACUGUUACUGUCCAGGUUGGGUGAAGACUGCUCUCACGGGCUAUGCAGGGACCAUCACAGUUGAGGAAGGUGCCGAUACUGGAGUAUGGCUUUCCCUUCUUCCUGAUCAAGCUAUUACUGGAAAGUUCUUUGCAGAGAGAAGAGAGAUCAAGUUUUGAGAAGCUUAUAUUAGUUAUAGAGCUUCACUUCAUAUUGCUGCCACAUUUAGAUGCUCCAGAAAGAAUCUCGAUCAGAAAUCUGGUUGUGUGAAUGGGAAGCGAUUUGUUCAUGUUAUUUGCACUGAGAUGAAAAUGAUAGAUACUAGAAUGGACCUGAUGAAAGUAUUGAUGUGAUAUUAAGCACUUAAAUGAUCGUGGGUUCAGAACAUGUUUGAUUAUUU